CGUUUUUUGGUUGUCGCGAUCCCUCGCUAGGUUUUUUUUUUUCUUCAGUUCCCGCGCUGGAUCCAGAAGGUAUGAAGAGGAAAAGGGCGGUGCCGAAGCCGAUCCUUUUCGGCGAAGGGUGGGAGGUCAUCGAGCAAGGCGUCACCAAGAUGAAGAGGAUCUUGGAAGGGCUUCCCGAACCACCUUUCACAUCCGAGGAAUACAUGAAGAUCUACACAAGAAUCCACGAUAUGUGUAUCCAAAGGUCUCCGCACGAUACCACGGAGAAAUUGUACACAAAGUACAAGGAAGUGAUCAUGGAGUACAUAACUUCCGUGGUAUUGCCCUCUUUGAAGGACAAGCAUGAUGAGUUUUUGUUAAGGGAACUGGUCAUAAGAUGGUCAAAUCAUAAAAUUAUGAGCAAAUGGCUUUCACGUUUUUUUUCGUACCUUAGUCGCUUUUUCAUCAAGCGGAACUCACUUCCAUCACUUGAUGAAGUUGCAUUUACAUGUUUUCGAGACCAGGUUUAUAAGGAGACUAAAGGAAAAGUUAAAGAUGCUGCCAUUUCUUUGAUUGAUCAAGAGCGCUGUGGUGAACAAAUUGAUAGGGGUCUGCUGAAGAAUGUUAUUGAAAUUUUUGUUGAAAUUGGAACGGGCAAGAUGGAUUAUUAUAAAAAUGAUUUUGAAGAAGAAAUGCUUAAAGAAACAACAGCCUAUUACUCUAGAAAAGCUUCAAAUUGGAUUCUUAUCGAAUCAUUCCCAGAUUACAUGUUAAAGGUUGAGGAGUGCUUAAGGAGGGAGAAGGAUAGGGUUGUUCAUUAUUUGCAUGCUACUAGCGAACCAAAAUUGAUAGAGCAAGUGCGUCAUGAGGUUCUAUGUGUUUAUUCAAGCCAACUUUUGGAAAAUGAAAAGUCUGGUUGCUGUGUCUUAAUUCAAGAACACAAGGUGGAUGAUCUCUCACGGAUGUAUAAGCUUUUUUCAAAGAUAGACGAUGGCCUAUGUCGUAUCUCUCAAAUUUAUAAGAAGCAUGUGACUGUUGAGGGUACAACUUUAGUUAAAAAAGCAGAUGAUGUUGCAAGUAAUAAGGAGGCAGAGAAAAGGGUUGUUGUUGGCUUGCAAGAACAGACUUUUGUUAGGGAAGUUAUUGAACUUCAUGACAAGAACAUGCCACUCGUGAAUGAUUGUUUCCAAAAUCAUACUCUUUUCCGUAAGGUACUCAAAGAGGCAUUUGAGAUUUUUCUCAAUAAGACUGUUGCUGGUAGCUCAACUGCUGAGUUACUGGUUAACUAUUGUGAUAAUAUUCUUAAGAAGGGUGGAAGUGAGAAACAUAGUGAUGAAGCAAUUGAACAAAUACUUGAAAAGGCUGUGAAUUUGCUUGGUUAUAUCUAUGACAAAGAUUUAUUUGUUGAGUUCUAUAGGAAAAAGCUUGCUAGGAGGUUGUUAUUCGACAAAAGUGCCAAUGAGGACCAUGAGAGAAGCAUCUUAACAAAACUAAAGCAACAAAAUGGUACACAUUUUACCUCAAAGUUGGAGGGAAUGGUAACUGAUAUGACCCUCGCUAGAGAAACACAAGCUGAUUUUAAGGAUUAUCUUCAAUGUAAUCCACGUACAAAUCCAGGGAUAGAUUUAUCAGUUACUGUUUUGACAACUGGAUUUUGGCCAUCUUAUAGAUCAUCUGAUUUCCACCUUCCAUUUGAAAUGACUAAAUGUAUACAAGCUUUCACGGAGUUCUAUCCGACAAAAACAAAUAGCAGAAAGCUCACAUGGAUAUAUUCUUUGGGGACAUGCAAUAUUACAGCCAAGUUUGAAUUGCAAACUAUAGAGCUUAUUGUGACAACAUAUCAGGCUGCAGUUCUUUUGCUCUUUAAUGACUCAAAUCGAUUAAGCUACUCGGAGAUCAUGUCUCAGCUUAAUUUAGCCGAUGACGAUGUAGUCAGAUUGCUUCAAUCCCUUUGUUGCUUGAAGUAUAAAAUUCUGAAUAAAGAACCAAAUACAAAUUCUAUUUCUUCAGAUGACGUCUUUGCGUUCAAUUCAAAAUUCACCAACAAAAUGAGAAGGAUCAGGAUACCCCUUCCAAUUGUGGAUGAAAAAAAGAAAAUACUUGAAGUCGUGGACAAGGAUAGAAAAUAUGUUGUUGAUGCAUGCCUGAUUCGCAUUAUGAAAAGUCGCAAAGUAUUGAAUCAUCAACAGUUGAUUACAGAAUGUGUCGAACAACUUAAAGUGUUCAAGCCUGACUUGAAACUAAUUAAGAAGCGUAUUGAAGAUUUGAUAAAUAGAGAAUAUCUAGAGAGAGACUCGGAGAAUCUGAAUCUGUACAGAUACCUGGCUUGAUCGAUCUAAUUAUUGGUUGAUGAAAAUAAGCAUUCCUCUUCUCGGGUUUUGUCAAUAUUAGCAAACUCCAGCCACCUUCAUAGUCAUCCCGUUGUAUGGUUUUAGGCUCCUGUAUAUUUAUAUACUGGUUAAUAAUAAAUUGAAUUUCUUUUAUUCUAUUUUAUUUUGACAUUGUAUCAGCUUUGAUAAAAUUUCAUGCUCAAGCGUGGUCAAAUGUUUCU